UGGAGCAAAAAUUAUACCGAUUUGAUUUCUAUCAACAGCUUUAGUAAAAACGAUGUGAUGUAAGGUAGGGAGACGAUGUUUGGUGUUAAACUGAGAGAACAACAUACAACUUACAACUUACUAAAAACUUCAAUAAAAUGUAGAAAUACCUGACCAGGUAAAGAUGAUUUAGAUAAUGGGAUUUCUUCCGGUGAAAUACAUUCGUCGAAUUUUAUUUUGGUUACUAUUUUUAUGUAUUACAUUGUUGGGCGUAACAUGGCUUGUAUCGGAACCACGUGAUAUUAAAUAUUCAAGAGCUGAUUGGGUUAAUCUCAGAUUGAAGAAAAACCAACACGAAUAUGUCGACCAUCGUGGAGUCCAUGUCGUUAUUGGACAUUACAUUGGUGACGAUGUUAGUAACCGGCGUACUCCCAACGUGACCCAUGAUAUGAUAAACAGUAAUUACUUUAAUCCAAUAUCAAAUGAAGGUGCUAAUGGAAAUCCAGUUGUGAUACCACCAAAGGAUCUUCUAAAAAUGCAACAAUUGUAUCAGAUAAAUCGUUUUAAUUUAUUAGCCAGUGAUCGAAUUCCUUUGAAUAGAACUUUACCGGACGUACGUAAAAAGAAAUGUAUAAAUAUGUAUAGAAAUUUAUCGAAAUUACCCACAACAACUGUUAUUAUCGUCUUCCAUAAUGAAGCAUGGUCAACUCUUCUGCGGACUGUUUGGAGUGUAAUAAAUCGAUCACCACGUGAAUUAUUACAAGAAAUUUUGUUAAUAGAUGAUGCCAGUGAUAGAGAUUUUUUACGACAACCAUUGGACGAUUAUAUAUCGGGAUUACCUGUAUCAACUCGUGUAAUACGCUCUCCAGAACGAGUGGGCUUAAUUAAGGCACGUUUAAUGGGUGCUGAAGUUUCACAAGGCGAAGUAUUAACUUUUCUGGAUGCACAUUGUGAAUGCACGAUCGGUUGGCUUGAAAGCUUACUAGAUCGAAUUUCACAAAAUCGUAAAAAUGUUGUAUGCCCGGUAAUUGAUAUCAUUUCCGAUGAUACAUUCGCCUACAUAAAAAGUUUUCAAUUACAUUGGGGUGCAUUUAAUUGGGCGUUGCAUUUCCGUUGGUUUACAUUACAAGGUAACGAAUUGAAAAAAAGAAAAUUAAAUAUAACCACCCCAUUUUAUACGCCCACAAUGGCCGGGGGUUUAUUUGCCAUAGAUAAAAAAUAUUUUUUCGAGUUGGGAGCAUAUGACGAAGAAAUGAAAAUCUGGGGUGGUGAAAAUAUUGAACUAUCGUUUCGAAUAUGGCAAUGUGGUGGAAAAAUUGAAAUUGUACCAUGCUCACAUGUUGGCCAUAUUUUCCGAAAAUCAUCACCGUACACUUUUCCUGGCGGAAUAUCGGAUACGUUGUAUGCGAACACUGCACGAGUUGCGUUAGUUUGGAUGGAUGAAUGGGCGAAUUUUUAUUUUAAAUUCAAUCCCGAAGCGGAUAAAUUACGACCGAAUAUAAAUGUUGAAAAACGUUUAGAAAUUCGACAACGAUUAAAAUGUAAAAGUUUUAAAUGGUAUUUAAAUCAUGUAUGGCCACAACAUUUUUUCCCAAUGGACGAUCGAUUUUUUGGUCGAAUUAGAAAUCCAUCACAAAAUUUAUGUUUACAUCGACCGAAUGGAAAAGGUCGAUUAAAUCAACCGAUGGGUGUUGCGUUAGUUGAAAAGUGUUUGAAGGACGAUAAUUUAAUUGAAAUGUUUGUUAUGACUAAAGAUGGAUUUAUUAUGACCGAUGAUUCGGUUUGCGUUGAUGGUCCUGAUCAGGAUGUUACAAAUAGUUCGGAUGUAAAUUUAUCUGUAAAUAUUGUAGCCUGUAGUGAUAUGAAGAAAAAGAAAUGGACGUUUCUGAAUGAGACGAAACAAGUCAGACAUAAAGCGACCGAAUUAUGUUGGGAUAUCCAUGAAAAAAGUGUUCAUGAACAUUUAAUUGUACUGAAUCCAUGCGUUGAUUCUAAAGAAACACAAAAAUGGAUUUUCGAAAAAGUCUCAUGGAGAUGAUAUCGAAAAUAAUCAUCGUUAUUUUUUUAUAUGAAUAUCA